CACUAUCAUUUUCUUUCUCUCUCUACUUUUCUUUCUCUUUCUAACUGUGUAUUUAUAGUGUAUGUAUCGAUCCCGUUCUUCACCAGUGUAAAAAUAUCUGUCACAGAAAAUUAUCUAGGAGCGAAGAAGCUUCAAACGGAAGAGCUCUGAGAAAUCGGAUAGGAAAUUUUGUAGGGGAAAAUCCGCCCGAGAAAACCGGCGGUUAUGGCGUCCACGUCAGCUGCGCCGGCCAAUCCGGAUCGCCCGCACCAGCCAUCUUCUCCGUCUAUACAUGCCUUUGCUGAUCAGCUUCACUCCGAUCACACUCGAGGCUACGGGUCGAUGAACAUGGAUGAUAUAAUCAAGAGUAUUUAUGCUGAUACCAAUACCCUGGCCGCCGCCGCCGACAGCUGCUCCUCAUCCGGCGGCGCCGGCGGAGGGGGGAACAAGACGGUGGAUGAGGUCUGGAGGGAGAUUGUCAGUGGAGGCGGAGGAGGAGGAGGGGCAGGAGGGGGGAGUAGGGACCCGGAAAUGACGUUGGAGGAUUUUUUGACGAAGGCUGGGGCGGUUAGGGAGGAGGACGUUAGGGUUCCGGCGAUUCCUCCGCCGCCUCCCCCUGCUGCAGCGGUUACGCCUGGAUUUAAAGUGGAUGCCAUGGUGAAUGCGGCGAAUUGUCAGUUUCCAGUCGCCAUGCAGACUGGACCGGGUGGAUUUGGUGUGGAGCCGCCUCACAUGGGGUUCGGGAAUGGCGUGGUGGCUAUAGGAUGUAACAGCGGCAGCAGCGGUGGCGGCAGAGGGAAGAGGAGGGCAACCGUGGAGGAGAUGCCCCUCGAUAAGGCCACGCAGCAGAAGCAGAGGCGAAUGAUCAAGAACAGAGAGUCUGCGGCUAGGUCCAGGGAACGAAAACAGGCUUACACUGUGGAGCUGGAGUCUCUGGUAACACAAUUGGAGGAGGAUAAUGCUAGGCUUCUGAGAGAAGAGGCGGAGCAGAAUAAGAAGAGACUUAAGCAGCUCAUGGAGAAUCUGAUUCCUGUCGUGGAGAAGAGGAGGCCACCAAGAGUUCUGCGCAGAAUCCAUUCCAUGACCUGGUAAGUUGUAUCAUCAUAUCAUAAACAGUAACAGCGGGUGACUGGUUAACCAAGAAGCAAUAUCGGCUAUGGCAAAAUCUGGGGGCGACAUAUAUGGUUGGAGCUGUAAUGGAUGUUUUAGACUUGAACAUGAGUAGGGCUAUAAACAAUGUGAAUCAAAUGUGUAAUUGUGGGUCUGCAUAAGUUAGCUGCAGGUGUAAUAGAAUAGGGCCAUAAGUUUCUGCUUAUAUUAACUAUUGUAGCUUCCGCACCAUUGGUGGCAGGGAAGAAUGGUGAACUUGGCUGGUUUAUACAUUUAAUGAAUAUGUAUUUUAGAGUAAGAA